UUACAACCAAGUGGAACUAAUGAAGAGGGUUUGUGUGCACACCCGGAAGGAUUAUUUCAGAGAACGGCAAACGGCAGCGGGCGAGCAGCUAAUCAGCAAUUUUUAGUUGAAAAGUCACGGGAAGAUGGCCCUGCGAGCUUGUGGUUUUAUCGUGUUUCGCCGCCUUGUUGGCUCCAAACCUUCACCCAGCAACAUCGAGUAUCUCCUCUUGCAGACGUCUUAUGGAGAACAUCACUGGACUCCACCUAAAGGUCACGUGGACCCAGGCGAGGACGACCUCACCACAGCACUGAGAGAGACCAAGGAAGAAGCAGGGCUUGGGGCGGAGCAACUACAGGUGAUAGAUGGCUUUGUUCAGGAGCUGCGCUACGAGGUUCGAGGCAGACCCAAAGAGGUGCUGUACUGGCUGGCGGAACUAAAGGACCCAGUAACGGCAGUGACUUUGUCUGACGAGCACCAAGACUACCGCUGGGCCCCGCUGGAUGAAGCCUGUGCUCUGGCUGGAUACAAAGACCUCCAGGACACACUGAGAGCUGCACACAGACACUUAGAGGCUAAGUAGAACUAGCAACAGACUUUAGACCGCUAAAAAAAAAGUCUUUUCCCCUGACAAAAUGGUUUGUAAAUGCCAACUUUAAUUUAUGGUUCUGGAAUAUUCUAUUUUAUGAUUUUACUGUAAAUUUUGUAUUCUUGAAUUUUUUUGGUUAUAUGAAAGAGGUGUUCACAAUCACAGUAAUAAACUGGGUGCAAAAAGACUUAUUUACCAAAUCUAACUUAUAUGUUUCAGUAAUUUUUUUGUGGUUUGAGGAAAAGAAUUGUAUCUUAAAAACAAAUCAGUCAUGCAUUUGCUUCCAUCUUGUGCUGUCUUUAAUAUUUGUGGAAAAACAUGACAACAUUAGAGAAAAGACACUGUGAGUAAUACAUGAUGCCACUAGGUGGCAGCAGAUGUUCCAUAAUAAAUCUGCUGGGAACAUUACUGUAACCUCACAUGGAGAAGGCCCUGCUUUGAAUCCCAGCUGGAUCACUUGUGGAGUUUGCAUGUUCUCCGUGCGCAUCCGUGAGUUUUCUCUGAGCUCUACGGCAUCCUCCCACAGUCUAAAAACAUGCUUCAUAAGUUUAAAAGUGACUCAAUUCACGAUCCUGCACAAGACAAAGUAGAACUAGCAGAUGGAUGGAAAUGUAAAAAUGAAAUUGUAUGGCAACAAAGCAGCACAUGUUCUGUAUAUUCAAAAUAAUAUCUGCUGUUUAAUGGAAUAAAGAGGAGAAAACGUGGGUUUUGAACAUAUUCAAUACAACCAGAUGUAGUGGAGUAAAGGUAAUAGUUUUGAUUAUUGAUCUACUCAAAAGUAAAGAGUAUGCUGCAGAAAAACCUACUCUAAGGAGAACAGUUUUAAAUAAAGUUACUUAAUUAAAUUGAAUGUCUUACUCUGCAUCAUUCACAUUUUUUCUUUUGUUUGUCACUGGUGAAGCAGUAAAGAUUAAAAAAAUAUAUUUCAAUGGUUUUCUUACUUUUUUAAGGUGGUAUGCUGCUGUUUUCAACAAUCACAAACUUUCAGCCAGUUUCAACAACAUACUGUUUUAUUUUGAAUUAUUCUCCAACUUAAACACAGUAACUUUCCAUUUGCAUACCACUCCUUUUGCCUUUGAUGACAUGUAAGUUUAGCAACAUGUUUCAAAGCCGUUCUGCAAAUGCUUUUUAUCCAGCCGAAAGGAAAAAAAAAAGAAAUCUAUGGGUGACAUUUGUACUGUCAAAAACACAAAAUGAAGAACAACAUAAAAAUAAAUCAAUAAAACGUGAAGCCAACAAGAAUGACAUGAACAACAAUGUGUGUGGGCACAUUAUAUUGGCACUGUGAACAGGCCAGUCUCAGCAUUAGACCAAGAAAAGGCUUCGGGGGACCCCACAGUGUCGACCCACACCUCAAAAAACAAAGAAAUUAACACCAAAGAAAGGAAAAAAAAUACACAAA